AUGAUGCGGGGGGUGUUCGAGGCUUUCCUGACGGACCCGAUCCGCGUAAAUGAGGACGUCUUCGCGCUGUGGCUCGAGGGCCACAACGCCGGAGACGCGCUGGCAGCACGAAUGCGUCUCCCUUCGGCGGUUCCCACGCCGUUUUUGGGUGGAGACGCCGCCGCCAAGCUGCGCGAACUACUGUGGCGAGACACUGUGGACCAGUAUCGCCUCUACGAUAAGCUAGAGCACUACUUAUCGCAGCCGAGUCUAUUCCGCUCGCAGCUCCUCUUCCAGAUCCCGCCGUCACAGCAGUAUUACAUGGUGGAGCGCUAUUACACGCGUGACGCCGACGUGGACCGAUGGCUACUGGGGAAGAAACUCUCCGGACGGCUCGAGAAGGACUUGGACGACGUAGCGGAGCGUUCCGGGCGCACACUUAAGAGUUGUCGCCGGCAGCUAGAAAACCUGAGACGUGUGUACGCUGCCGUAGAGGACCGCAACUUCCACGGUCUGCCAUGCCGCGCCAUCAGCGAGCUCUUUCUGUUGUCAGAGCAGCUCUCCAGCAAGUACGCAUGCCUGCUCUUCAUCCUGCACACGAGAUUCCAAGUGCACCCUCAGCACCCAGUCACGGGGUUUCUCACAUGUCCUGACCUUCGUUUCUUCGCUGCGUUGCUCAUGACGCACUGGCUACCCCAACGGAAUACGUUGUCCAAGCUCCAGCUCCUUAAGGAAGUCAAGGAUACCGCUGAAGAAACAGUAGUGGAGAACGGUGCCCAGAUCGCGCACCGCUCUCCAAACACAGGAGAGUGGCCCACAAUCGGAUUCCUACAGGAGAGACUGCAGUCCACGAGUGUGAGGGAGACGGUUGGGUUGGAUCUGAGUCACCCACUGACGAACUGUCUGCGUGACCUUAAGGCCCACCUCAUCAAUGACAACGAUGUGCUUCGAGUGUACCGCGAGAACGUCAUGAGUCGCUUAAGGUCGUGGGCUGCUGCAAAAGGAAUGCUUAGCGAGAGUGCUCGUAGCUUGGACGAGCUCGAGAGCAAGUUGUACCUCGUGGUGCAUGGCUUCCUAACGAUCGGUGCGGGACUAUCGCAGCCAAAAGAACUGCAACAUUUACUUGAGUAUUUACUCACUCGCGUCAUACGCGUUCUGCACGACUGUGAGAUAACAAAGGCGCAGCUUAAUGCGCUCUUUGGUGCGCUGGUGGAUGCGUUGGCCGAGCUAGACGUGUGGUAUCUAAACGGUGAGCAAACACGCGGACUGCUGCUUGCAAGCUGGGAACGCUUCAUCAGCGUUUGUCGCGCCAUUGUACUGACUGUCUACGAUCGUUGCCAUCCUUUGGCCGUAUUGGCGUACCAGCAAACAAUCUCUGAUGAUGCAACAGAGGAAGCAUCGUCGAUGCAUAAUUCGUACUAA